UCAGUAUUUUGGUUUAGUAUCUAACUUUUGAUUGAUUGAGUGCUUGCUUGUGGUCUUUCACAAACAGCACAACUAAAACAAUUUCAAGAGCACCAAACAAAAACCCAAUGAGUUUCUUCACCAUCAACAAUGGUCACUCAUGAGUCUUCAACUCAGCCACCUUAGCCACCACCAAAAGAGUCAUUUGCUCGGCGUUACAAGUUUCUCUGGCCUAUGCUCAUGGUUGUCAAUCUUGCCGUUGGAGCCUACCUCUUUGUGCGGACAAAGAAGAAAGAUGAGCACAUAAAAGAAGGUGCUACUCUAGUUUCAAUCUCCGCUGCUAAAACUGCUCCUAUUGCUAAAAAAACCUUACACUCAUCAUCUGUCACAAAACCUGUGAAGUUGCGGGAACCAAUUCCAGAGGAUCAGCAGCGUGAACUUUUCAAGUGGAUGUUGGAAGAGAAAAGGAAGAUCAAACCAAAAGAUCCUGAAGAAAAGAAGCGCAUUGAUGAAGAGAAAGCCAUUCUCAAACAGUUUAUUCGAGCGAAACCUAUCCCUAGUAUCUAAUUAUUUAAC